UUUUUUAUUUUAAUGUAUAAUGGAUCAAAUAUAUUACCUAUCGCACAUUUUCUCAAAUAUGCGCACUUAAAACAAGCUUUUCGGUCAACACUCUCAGCUUCAGAAUUAGCUUCGCGUUCUGUUUUAUGUCCAAUGCUGCCUGAAGCAAAUAUUUUUUAUUUGGAGCAAUACGGUGCUGAAAAAUAUGCUGAAGUUUUUCUUGGAGAAUCACAAAAUCCAGAAUGUAUUUGGAAUAGCGAUAUGAGAAAACACAUGAUUAACAAGAUUGCUCUACACGUUGCUGACUUUUCUAACCGUCUUUCUUCAAAUGUUAAAGCUUUAUAUAGGUAUUGCCCUAUUCCUCCAAUAGAAUAUGAACAAUUAAAGGAAGAACUUUUUUGUCAUUUUUAUUAUCUUCGCCAUUUAAUUGAUGAAAAACGUUUUCCAUUAUGGCCAAUAAGAGAACCUGUUGAAUUUUUGCGUUCUUGUCUUUCUGCAUGGCAAAAUGAAAUAACUAGAAAACCUACAAAAAUGUCGAAUGAACAGGCUUGUGAACGAUUAGGUCUAGAUAUAAAAGACAAAUCAAGUUGGAGCGAUCCUGUAGCUGUUCGCCGUGCAUAUUUUAAAUUAGCACAAAAAUACCAUCCAGACAAAAAUCCUGAUGGAAGAGAACAAUUUGAACAAAUUAAUUAUGCUUAUGAAUUUUUAACUUCAACAUUGGCACGUGCAAGUUUAUCACAGGAACCAGAUAUUAAUAGAAUUAUUGUAAUAAUUAAAGCGCAAAGUAUUACUUACAAAAGGAAUUUGAAAGUUUUGUCGCCUUAUAAAUAUGCUGGAUAUACCCAAUUAAUUAAAACUAUUGAUUUGGAGUCGGCAGACGAUGCUUUAUUUUCAAAUCAGAAGGGAGGUGAAAGUGGACAAUUAUUAAUAUCUGCUGUAGAGCUUUGUUAUUGGACUUUAAAAAGUUCUCCUUUAAAUGCUGAACAAUUAAGAAGGGAUGGUGGAUUGGAGGUUUAUUUAAAUAAGAUUUUUCGGGGAUAUUAUGGGAAUUAUUUGGGUUUUCCCUUUGGUCCAAAUUACUUUAACUCAUAUCUCCAGGUAUCCUUUUUUAAUCACUUCAAAUCCACUUUAAUCCCUCUAAAUCCUCUUUAUUCCCUCUAG